CUUUGCGCGGUCAGGCCAGAGAGCUACCGUCAAAGACGCGACAGCUUCGGCUUGCAACUGAAUAAGGAAACCGGACACAAACAGGCAGGCAAAUUAGGCACCCAGGCGCGCGCGCGCGCACACACAGGUCAAAAGUUGACUGCAUGCCCAGCUUCCCCUCGGAUCUUUCUUGCUCUGUCCCGGCAGCGCCGAUUUUCCGCCCAAGGUAACAACAAGUAGCGGGAGCUGGAAAGGGGAGCGAGGUGAGGGAAUCGUCGUGUCCGUUCCUGGCAGCGAAGAGGUCCGGGCCGGGUUUUGCACCUUGUCCCCGGGUCUGCCUCUCGGCCCGGAGGAGCUGGGAGCUGCUGCGGCGGCGGCGGCGGCUCUGUUUAUCGAGCGCUCUUGUCCUGGUAUCACUCCGCUGGCAUGGAGGAGGAGGAGGUGGAGGAGGAGUGCACUUGAUCAUUGUGAUGGUGGCAGGAGGAGAAGCAGCAGGCGGAGUGGAGCGGAGCACUCGGCUGCCUGUGCAGCAGCUCGGCGGACGGCUCGCCCAAGACUUCAGCCGGCGACUUUCGCCGAUCGCGCCCCGGAUUGUUUCACGUGUUGACUACCCCAGCUCGAGGAUUGGCUUUUUUUUUUCAAAGGUUCCUCUUGAAAUCCAACUGAGCAGCUAAAGUACUUUGAGAACACGGUGCGGCAUAUAAACACCCAAACUUUUCCCCCCCUCCCCGGAAAGAAAACACAAUUAGCAAGCGGCGGCGCCCGGCUGCUGAUGCCGUGGAGUGCGAGUGCGGUGCUGGGGUGUGCUGUGUGCGUGCCCACCGGUGUGUGUGUGUGUCUGUGAGCGUGUCUCGAGAAGUGUGAGCGUGGCUAGAUUCCUCUCUCUGGACGCAUGUGGGUGCCUGGCUCACGUUCUCGGUUCUCAUACACGGGGGAGACUGGGAUGGUUUUCGGUCCGGAUGUUUCGGAAAUAAUGGAUUAUUAAAGAGAGAGAGAGAAAUAAAGCGGGGCGGGGGGCAGCCGCUCCGAGCUCUCCUCCCUGGAGUUUGCAACCGAACUGCUGCUGCUGCUCAGUUUGUUGGGAUUCCUCCUGUGUUUGUUGAUUGUGUCUGCUGAUAACCUCACAGCACCACCUUCUGGGGUUUGCUUUGGGUAGGUUUUGUUUUUGCCCCUUCGCUCUCCGCCGGAGGGAUCUACGAGGAAGGAGGAGAAAAGGGCGCUCGGAAGCCCAAAGCGCCUCCCGCACCCUUUGCCUGGACGCCGCGGCUUCCAUGGGCCGUUAAAGAGUAGCCCCCGUCGGGAGGAGCCUCGCGUCUGUGUCUGGCGCCCGCGUGUCAGAGGAGGGGGACAAAGUUCUUCCAAAAUAGUGUGCGCGGGGAAGGGGAUGGGGGAUUUUGCAGCCCCCGCUGCCGCCGCCGCCGCGAACGGCAGCAGCAUCUGCCUCAACAAUAACCUGAGCGGCAACCUCGGCGUGGCCAGCGCUCCCCACGGCCCUCCUCCCGGCCCCAGCGCUCAGCACAGCGGCGGCGGCACUAACGGGAGCGGCGGCAUUCCCAAGCACAGCACCGUGGUGGAGCGGCUGAGGCAGCGCAUCGAGGGCUGCAGGAGGCACCACGUCAACUGCGAGAACAGGUACCAGCAAGCCCAGGCCGAGCAGCUGGAGCUAGAGCGCAGAGACACCGUCGGCCUGUACCAGCGCACCCUGGAGCAGAGGGCCAAGAAAGCGGGCACCGGCGGCGCCAGUAAGCAGCAGCCCGGCAAGCAGCCGCAAGAUGCCGAGUCUGCCACGGCCGAGCAGAGGAACCACACGCUGAUCAUGCUACAAGAGACGGUGAAGAGGAAGUUGGAAGGUGCACGCUCACCCCUCAAUGGCGAACAACAGAAUGGUGUGUGUGACAGUAGCUUCUCUCCGACCAGCAAACGAAUACGAAAGGAUGUUCCUGGGAUUGAUGGAAUUAACAGCUUGCCCAACAACUUGCCUUUGCCUUCGAUUUCCCCUCUUCACCAGCUUGACAUGAAGUCCUCGUUACCGCUGCAAAAUAGUGGAACUCAUGCCCCAAGUCUAGAUGACUUGGGUAAAAAUGUUGGACUUCCGGAGAUAAAACUCCCAAUAAAUGGAUGCAGCGAGCUUGAGGAUAGUUUUGGCAUCCUGCACAACAACAAGGAACUAAAACAAGAGCCAUUGGAUGAUGCUAGCUGCAUUGACACUUCUGACACUUCACUUUCAAAUCAGAAUAAGCUUUUCUCAGACAUUAAUCUGAAUGACCAAGAGUGGCAGGAGUUAAUAGACGAGCUGGCUAACACUGUUCCAGAGGAUGACAUACAAGAUUUGUUCAAUGAAGACUUUGAAGAAAAGAAAGAACUUGAAUUUCCCAGGCCAGCCACUGAGAUACAAGAGAGUGCAAGUGUUAAAAGUGAUCCAUCUCACUCUCCAUUUGCCCAUGUACCCAUAGGGUCUCCCCAGGUAAGGCCUUCUUCUUCAGGUCCUCCAUUUUCAAACGUCCCUACAGCUUCUAGCAUAUCUUCUGUCUCUAGUGCACCCUCUGCUCCAGUCCUUGACAGCUCACCAGCAAACUGCGUUGUUCAGUCGCCGCAGACGCCCAACCAAGCCCAUACCCCAAGCCAAACUCAGUCACGAUCUGGCAAUGGUUAUCUCAUCAAUCCAACAACAGUGACAACAGCGGGCCCGGGGUCAGGUCCAGUGGCAGUAUCCAGCACUGAUUUGUCUCCAGCUGAGCAGCUUAAACAAAUGGCAGCACAGCAGCAACAACGAGCUAAACUCAUGCAGCAAAAGCAGCAGCAGCAUCCAAAUCAAACUUCUAGCUGGUCCCCUGUGGGACCUCCAUCUAGUCCCUAUGGAGGACCCUUCAGUACAGAUAAACCAAAUAGCCCAAUGAUGUAUCCCCAAGCCUUUAACAACCAAAACCCUGUUGUGCCUCCUCCGGCAAACAACCCACAAAAGACUGCAAUAAAUAACUACCUCCCUUCGAACCACAUGAACAUGAUCAGUCAGCAGCCAAAUAACCUAGGUACAAACUCCUUGAGCAAACAAACCAAUAUGCUUUCUUAUGGCAACACUAAACCUCUGACUCAUUUUAAUGCCGAUUUGAGUCAAAGAAUGACUCCGCCAAUGGCCAACCCAAGCAAGAAUCCCAUGAUGCCAUACAUGCAGCCCCAACAGCCUCAGCAGCUCCAGCAGCCACAAAUGUCAGCUCAGAUGGCGCAUUUGAGCGAAGAGCAGAAACGCAUGCUUCUAAUGAAGCAGAAAGGAAUAAUGAACCAGCCUAUGGGCUAUGGAACUCUUCCCUCCCUUGGUCAGGACCAGCACUCAGUGGGACUGUCUCGGCCCACGGGUCCCAUGCAGUCCUCUGUGCCACCGGGGUCCAGUAAUGUGGGCACAAGCCCUAGCAAUGCCAGUUUCUUGGGCAGCCAGCCUCAAGCCGUCAUCAUGAAGCAGAUGCUGAUUGAGCAAAGGGCUCAGCUCCAGAUGAUGGAGCAGCAGAAGCAGCAGUUUCUGAGGGAGCAGCGGCAGCAGCAGCAGCAGCAGCAGAUCCUGGCAGAACAGCAAUUGCAGCAGCAGUCCCAUUUGCCACGGCAGCACCUCCAGCCGCCGCAGCCGCCACCGCAGCGGAAUCCAUACCCUGUGCAGCAGGUCAGCCAGUUCCAAGGUUCUCCGCAAGAAAUGGCAGCAGUGAGGAACCAGGCAGCCCUUCAGAGCAUGAGGACUUCCCGGAUGUUGCCUCAGAACACCAGCAUGAUGGCAAUGGGGGCCUCCCAGAACACCGGGACAAUGUCUGCUGCCACUGGCCAGUCUGAAAUGGGAAUGGCUCCCUACAGCGGCCCAGCCACCAGCCAACCAGGAAUGUAUAAUAUGAACACAGGAAUGAGCCAAAUGUUGCAGCACCCAAACCAAAGUAGCAUGAGCCUGGCACAUAACCCAAGCCAAGGGCCAAGGCAGCCCACCUCAACACAAGGGGCAGGCAUGGUUAGCAGCUUUGGUCCAAACAUGCUGGUGAACUCCACCCUGUCUCAACAGCACCAGCAGCUGAAAGGACCUGUGGGUCAGGUUCUGCCCAGACCACAAGCUCCAAGACUUCAAAACAUGAUGGGGCCUGUCCCGCAAGGAGCACAGAACUGGCAGGCACGAGGCUUACAAGGUAUCCCUGGAAGGACUAGCAGUGAAAUUGGACCUUUCAAUAAUGGUACAGGUUAUCCAAUGCAAUCUGGUCAGCCAAGGCUACCUAAACAACAUUUUCCACAAGGCAUCAGUCAAUCCGUCAUGGACUCGAGUGGAACAGUAAGGACCCUCAACCCAGCCAUGGGAAGGCAAAUGUUGCAACCCCUUCCUGGACAGCAAGGAUCCAAUAACCAAGCCAGACCAAUGGUUAUGCCUGCAAUAAGCCAGGCAGUUUCCACAAUGACUGGUUUUAACCCAUCUCCUGCACAACAAAUAGCAGGGAGUAACUUCAGUCAGAGCAACCAAGGUCAGGUGUAUGAAAGGAAUCAUACUCAGGACAUAUCUUAUAGUUACAGUAAUGAAGGAGCUGGAGGUUCCUUUCCCAAUCUAGCAGAGGGCACAGACCUGGUAGACUCCAUCAUUAAAGGUGGGCCGGGAGAUGAGUGGAUGCAAGAACUCGAUGAGUUGUUUGGAAAUCCGUAGUGCAUGGGGGUGUGUACAGCUGUAAACUGUCCUGGGGGUUAAAAGAAAGAAAGCAGGAUGUUAGCCAUCCUUGUUUCUUUGUUUUGUUUUUCAAGCUGUGCAAGACCAGCUGAUUGCAAAUGGCUUCAAUGGAGUUUAAAGUGUUGCCAAGUAGGCCUUGUAAACUUCUCCACAGCAGCCUCCAUGCUGCAGUGCAACUGCUGCGUGUAGGAGAGAGGCUACCGAAACAGCUCCCCCCGCCCCGCCCGAGGCCAUGAAAAGGGCUUGGCAGAGUCUCAGUGUGGCAAGAUGCUGGCUGUCCCAAAGCAGUGCAGUUUCCCACUCAGUUUCACUAUGGAACUAUGAGCUUUCAGGAUACAGGAAGAGGCGGCUGCUCCCUGUAAAGGCCACAGACACACAGGUCAGAACAGGUGCUGAACUCUGGGCUGAAGCAGAUACCACCUUUCUCUGUGUACUUACGGCUCCAGUUGAGUCUGGGCUAUGGGGGUUACAAAACAAGCACUGGUUGUGAAUGGACAUGCCCAUAGCGGAAUGGGUUCAUUUAUUGGGCUGUUGUCUUCUUUAGGUGCAGUGAAAGCCCACAUCUGGAUCAUUUGCCUUUCCUCUGCUGUCCAUUUUUUAAAUUCACUUUAAUGAUGAGGGUGAAUCUAGAGAUCUCGUACAAGUGAAGGCUGUGGGGCUCAUGUGCUCAGUAGGUAGCAGCCACCAAAGAUAGGAACACACAUUUUUUUUAAAAGUUGCAUUAAAAAAGGGAGGUGCAUGUCAGAGAAUUUGAACUGUUGACUUCUACCCUGUUCUUUUCCUGGAAAUGCAAGGUGAGUGGGGUCUUGAAUGGAGUUGGGAUACAUAGGGGUUAGUGUUCCAAGUAUCUGAAAUAUUUUUGAAGUUCUGAGGAAUUGAGAAGGAACUUGUAUAAAAGUCACACAAAGAAGGGCUGAUUAUUGUAUAGGCUAUCAUGGUCAUAAAUUAGGCACCAGUGCCAAUGUCUCUGGCCAGGCUGGAGGAGGUUUGUAGUAAACAUUUGCUCAGAUCAUGUGCUGUCAUUCAUAUUUGCUAGCUUCUGAAGAUGCCUAAACUAAUCCAUGAGAAACAAAGGCAGGAAGGAGAGAUCUUCUCAUUAAGGUAUCUUCUAGUGGUGAUUGAACAUAAGUUUUUGAGCAUCCCAAAAGUCAUAUUCACAUGGAAUUGUGUAAGUCGCUGUUUUCUGUGACAAAGAAUUGAAAAUGCUUUGUCUAGGCCCUAAAGAACUAAAAAUUAAGUUUCUGGUUGCAGUCAGACAUCACAACACACCAGGGUUUAUAAACUACUGUUUGAUUGAAGUCCAGUUUGGUAUGUCUGAAUGCAAGCUUAUCAACAAACUGAAAAUGAGAUUCUAAACAACAUUUUGUUCCUGGCUUAUUACAUGGGGUCUGUUGUCAUGUCUGAAUGAAGAAACUGAUAAUGAUGGGAAUUGAUGUGCCACUUUUCUGAGACCUUUUGCCAGUGCUGCUGAAUACAGAAUUGGUAUUAAACAGAUCAUGUGGGCCUAACUGCACGUUACACGCCAACACAUGCAAUAGAAACCCAAUAGUCUUUCCCCACUUUGUUAGCAGAGAAGCAGCAGCGGGGAGUGGUGUUGUUUAUUCCUUUCACUUGAUCUGCCACUUCUCCAUUCAAAAUGCUACUCUCCUGACUGCCUUCCCACCUCCAAAUGUAAGAGCGAAUACACUCCCGGAGGAGAAAGGGGAAGCAAGGGUGAAAGGGUGGGAGAGCUGUCAUGACUCAGUUACACACACGUCAUUAAGUCCUCUGAUGCAAUUUUGAGUUAGCCUGGUUUUAAAACUGCUCACAAGCAGUCUUAUGUAUCAAUGCUUAAAUCAAUGGGAAAAGUUUAUUGACUCCUAUGAGAGUUAAAAUAGCACUUUCACAAAGCGUGGGUGGAAGCUUUUCCAUCCAACUUUCUGCUUGUGCUUAAGUGUAGAUUGGUGCAGUUGCACAUCUGUGGACUUGGCAUGUGGUAAGGUAUUUGUUGUCUGUGAUGAACUGUGCAGGGAAAUGUACUUAGCUUGUCCCAUGUCAAACAAUUCCCUAGCUGUGGAAUAAGGGAAGAUGAGACCUGCUUAUCAGGCACCCAGCCAGUGUGCCAAGGUGAACUGUGUUUUUUAACCGUAGGGAACAGCUGUGUUAAUUAGAGAGAGAGUUUGUGUGUGUAUGUGUGUGUGUGUGUGUGUGUGUGUGAGUGAGUGAGUGAGUGAGAGAGAGAGAGAGUGUUGCAUGAGCUAAUUGAAGACUGAAGGGGCAUAAGUCUGUUCCUUUAAGCCAGUUGCUAAGGGGUGCAAAAACAUGAGACUAACUUGUAGUUCUCAUUUACCUCUCUCUGUUUCUAACAUGGGUGACAAUGGAAAGAGGAGGAAUUUCAGUGCAAUCCUAAACAGAAUGAUACCCUUCUAAACCCAAUGACUUAAACAGACUUAAAUGUGAGCAACUGUUUAGGAUUGCUCUGUUUGGGACUCGGAUUUGCACAUAAUCUAAUGAGUAGUGAAACAUCACAGUCACCUUUGCAGAGAGGUUCAGGGACUAGUAUUGUUUGGUGAUCAGGCCUCAAAAUCUAUUAUCUGUGUAAAGCUUCCUCCAAAUAUUCUAGACUGGGACCAAUAUUAAAGAGUCAAAUUUUUAUUUCUUAGUUUGUUUUUGGGUUUUUUUUUACUAUGGUGCUGAUGUAUAUGAAAUGUUUAAAAGAAUUUUUUGUAAAUAUGUUUUUACAAUCCUGCAGAUAUCAUUGGGUCUAAUCUGUAAAAUAUAUGCAUAUAAAUAUAAAUAUUAUAUAAAUAUAAAUAUAUAUAUAAUGUUUGUUUAAAAUAGAGUAUUUUUAUUUCAUUCUUUAACUCAUCCUCACUGCAGUGGUAUUGCACUUCAGAUGUCUAAUUACUAAUUUGUACUGUAUCCUUGCUGGCAAAUUGCUCCAUUUUAUUCAGAUUUUUCUAGUUUACUGUUUUUUACUUUGUACAUUAAACAUUGCUUAUUUCCUUUUGAGGACUGUACAGAACUCUGGAAAAAAUGUAGAAAGAAACUAACAACAUACCAAUUUUAAAGAA